AUGGAGCCAUCCAUCAAUCCCGGACAUUCCAGAGGACAAUCCACAGAUGAGGAACUCCUCAUAGAUUUAUCGCCGUCAGCGUUAAACAGAUCACUCCGAGGGGAACAGAGCGUGUCCAACAAUGACAACUCUACAGAGGAUGAAGAUGACUCAGAUACUCAGGCUAGAAUAUCAACCCCUAUACGGAAAAUAAGAAGGUCCAAAAGGACUGUGCGUCAGCAAAGGGAGAUGAUCCCUACAGACACAGAACUGUCAGAACCACUCACACAGUCAUCACAGAAUAAUUCUGUUACAGAACCUAUGAAGCUAAUGAUGGAACAGAUGGCCCAGACAAUGAAAGCUAUGCAGAAUAUGAUGGAAGCAACUACUCAAACUCUCAGACAAGUAAGCAACCAGACAAUGAAAGUCAUGCAGGAUAUGAUGGAAGUGACUACCCGAAAUCUCAGACAAGUGAACAGUCAGACACAUACUACAGACUGCGAGCUGCAGCCUAAAAUAUCAAGAAUCAACUCAUAUAAUAACAAGUCAGAGACAGGAACUAAGAAAAGCCAUCGUGAGGAAUCAAAUGAGGAUUCAUCACAGUCUGAAAAUGAGCAAUCUAUUAACUCAACAGCCACUAGAGAUUUGUUCAAGUCCAAUGAGUCAGAUAAACACAAGCUUGACUGUAAGCUUCCGCCUUACACAGGUUCUGAGAAAUGGAGAGUUUGGCUGAAUCGCUUCGAGUCUGUAGCCAAGUUAGCCAAGUGGACUGCUAAAGAGAAGUUACAACAAAUAUUACCAAGAAUACAGGGAAUUGCAGCUGAUUUUGUUUUUGGUCAGCUGAAGAAGGAGACUAUAGGGAAUUAUGAGACUUUAGUCGCAGAAAUAGAAUCCAGAUUUGGAACACUGGAGAAUAAGAGAGUCUACAAAACUCAAUUCAACAACAAAAGGCAAGGAAAAGAUGAAAGUCUUGAAGAGUAUGCUGCUGACAUUAAGCGUCUUUAUGACUGGGCUCACCCGAGUAGAGAUGCCAGCACCAGACAGGAAGACUUAAUUUCAAAAUUUUUGCAAGGGUUAUGGGAUUCUAAGGCAAGGCAGUACAUUGAAUUGCACAAAGAACCAUCAACAAUUGAAGAGGCAGUACAGCAGGUAGCUGCUUAUAUGUCAGUGACAUCCAAUUUAACCACCAAUGAAGAGAGGCAUCCUAUUAGACAGGCUAAGCCUUACGGAAAGGGAGACAAUCACUAUACUGGGAAAGGAAAUAAAAAUUCCAUGGAAACGACAAAGGGGAAUUGCUUCAUUUGCAACAUGCCCGGACAUUAUGCCCGAGAGUGUCCAAACAGGAAUUUUCACAGGACAGAGAGAUCACAGUACAAGAAACCUCCAGAGAAAACCAUGUCAUCAUCUCUACCAUGUAUAGAUGAACAGCCAAAGACAAACCAAAGCCAAGCUACAAGUACCAUGUCACCUGAUGCACCAGAAUUUCAACCAAGUCGACAAUCAGAUGAGUCAGGGGAGAAAAUUGAAAACCAGGGGAAAUUCCAACCUUACGUCAGGGACGUUUCAAGGGAAGAGGAACUGAGUACUCAGAGGGAGUACAUUAGGAGACAGUUCCUUAAGGCAGAUGGAAUUUAUGUUCAGGGAACAAUUCAAGGGAUAAAGGUAGAGUUCACGGCAGACACAGGGGCUGCAAGAACUAUAUUAUCCGACAAAAUAUUUUGGAGACUCCCCGGGAACGAAAGACCAGAGCUAAAGGAAUCUUCAAGCCUUGUAGCGGUCAAUGGAGAUCCACUUAAAGUCUUAGGGAAGGCUGAAUUUGCAGUGCAGUUAGGAAAUCUAGCAUUUCAAAGGGAGAUAAUUGUUGCGGGAAUAGAAGAUGAAUGCCUCUUAGGUAUGGACAUCUUGUUGGACAGUCAAUUUGGGCCUGCAGUUAUCAAUUUGAAUGACAGUUUCAUUUCUAUGAAUGGCUGUAAUAUACCUUUCACAAAAGAGAGUCGGAUUCAAGAUGGUGCUGGAAGAUUCGUGUACAAGACCUUUGACAAUGGCUAG